AUGCUGCGAGCACUGGGCGCGGGUGCAAGGAUCUCCUUUGAGGGGGGGAUUGCCCGAUUCGAGAUGGGAAGCGUGGUGAGGAUGGAGGCGGUGCAACGCGGCGAAUUGUGGGAAAUAGCAACGGUUAAGAAAACAAGAGCGUUCUUGGCGGUCAAGUGGCCGGUCAAGACGGAGCGUCGGUUGGGGAAGGUGGCACCGAAGCCGGAAGUGAGAGUGGAGAAGAAGCAAGCGGAGGUGAGGCCGGUCAAGGUUAUUGUGGUUGACCUUGAGUCGGACGAUGAGUCGGACGACGGGGUGAGAGAGAGCCAACGGGUGGAUGUAAGCGUCGGGGAAACGGAGUCACCAACAAGGAAGACAGAGAAGCACGGCGCAACGGAAGCCGUGGGAGCAACCGCAGCGGAAGGCGUGGGAGCACGAAUGAAACGGAAGUUGAACAAGGUUGAAAGCGAAAAGAUGAUGUCGCCGGAGACGGGCAACAAAUUGUAUCCGGAAAGGGCACGUGCGGCACCGAAAAAGUUAUGGGAAAGUUUCGGACCGAGUUAG